GGAAAUUCGAAGCAUAAAAUAACACGGCGACACAGACUUGAUUGAUGCGGAUGCUCGGAGUAUUCUUGGGAGUGUCAUAGCAGUUGUCAUAGCAGUCUGCUCUCUCCCGACUUGUUCUUCGCAGAAAUACCUGUUGUGGAUGGAGCAAAUCUCUUUUCAGGAACUAGUAGGUAUUUUAUUAUUUAUUUAUCCAAAUCCUCUGCCUCACUUUUUUUUAUUCCUUGAAUAUUGUUGGCGAUUGACAUCAUCAAAACAAAAAGAAAAUACCUGAGUCUGCCAAACACAGCCAGGGCUUAGGUUUUGGCUAUUCGCGGGAGAUUUUUGAACCCCUCAUAUAUACAGAGGCCUCCCUACUACUACACACCGAACCAUGCCUCCACCCUCCCACCUGUUCCUUCAAGGCAGCUUGAAACGACUCCCAACCCCCUUCUCAACAUUCCAAUCUCUCACUCCACGAACAGCCGGCAAACAAUCUCUGUCCUUGCCGAUUAAGAAACCGCCGCAUGUCCGACCCUUCCACAUAUCUGCGACCCCUCUACGACCUCGAUUAAAUGCCAGCAACAUCCUCAACAAUGUCAUAAGAUCAAGAAUCCAAUCCCGCUCCCCGCGCCGGUCGAAUUCCAGCAACUCAUCCUCUUCUUCCUCUUCCUCUUCCUCCUCGCCGAAACUCAGCUUCUCCCAGCGCAUGAAGAAGCUCUCCCGGGAAUACGGCUGGGCCGCGCUAGGCGUCUACCUGACCCUUUCUGCCCUUGAUUUCCCAUUUUGCUUCAUCGCCGUGCGGCUACUAGGUGUCGAACGGAUUGGACACUACGAACAUGUGCUUGUGGAAGGGUUUAAGAGUAUUUUUGGCUCAGUUCUGCCGUCCAUGGGGAAACAGGAAAUAGCCGGGGUUCCCGCGGAUGAUAAAGUAGGAAGUGCAGGAGGCGAUGUCGCGAUUGCGGGUGCUGACAUCAGCAGCGGAGCUGAGGAUGCCGAAUCGUAUGAUCAUGGGGUUUUGGAGGCUGACGCGCGGAAUACGGGACCUGAGGCUAGUUUAUGGACGCAACUCGCCCUAGCUUAUGCCAUCCACAAGAGUUUCAUUUUCAUCCGAGUCCCACUGACGGCAGCGGUGACGCCCAAAGUUGUCAAGGUGCUACGACGAUGGGGUUGGGAUAUCGGGAAGAAGAAGCCUAAAAGUACCUGAAAUUUAUAUGAUGCAAACGGAAGGACUUUUAGGAAACCCCCCACUCCCGCUUUCUCCUCUCCUUGCGCGCAAAAGAGAGCGUUCCUUAAUUUUCACCCCCUGCGGAGCAUUCUUAGACACAUACCCAGACACAUACAAUCAGCCCAUCCCCCCAUCCACCCCAGACAUACGCCGCCGCAAAUCACCAUCUCAUGUCCGUGGAAACAAAUCUACCUACUCGUUUUGUAUACUAUAAGCCCACGUACGGCACUCACCCUUUGACACCCCCCGAUUCCAACAUCUCUAUGUUUCCGAGGCCCGGUUCCGGUUCCCCUUUUUUUCGAUUGAUAUAAUCUCUCAUCAUCACAAAUCUUGUCACACACAUCUAGACACCCCGCUUGGGUCUUAACAUAUAAACUCCUCUUGUAUACUACUACGACUACUACAUAGAUCACAUUAUUUUAUUCUACGAUGGGCAGAGGAGUCCGAAUCUGUGUUUAAAAUUUUACAAAUCAUGGGAGUAUAGAUAUGUACACUCAUAUCUCAAACAUGCAUAAAUAUGUGGGCUUGUAGCAAUGGAUGACUGACUAUGUGGAUGAGAGCGCAAUAAAGGACGUAGGAAGGAAGGCGAGAAUAAACAGUCGAUGAAUUUAUUACUCCACAUUCUACCCAUGAGUAAAUAGUUAAGUUCGGAUAACGACCAAAUAUUGGGAGUGGUAUAUAUAUAUACCCUCUAUAUAAAAUAAAAAAAGGGAGGGCUGAAAAGAUCUUGGACGGUUAGGGGAUAUCCGAUCCAAGUUAAAUCCACAUCACAUCACAUCACGUCACAUAUCAAUCGUAUCAUUAAAUCGCAAAACACCAUUACCUCUCACAACCCCAUUCACGCCCUCGGGCAUUUUAUACGCCCAUUCCGCGGACACUCCAACUCCAACUCCAACCCCAAUGCCAACGCCAGCACCAGCACGACCUUGUUGUUGUUCAUGAUUACGAUCAUGACUGGCUAGUUUACCGCUACCGAGACCGAAACGGGUCUUGUCCAAGAUCUCGUCAGAUGUAUCGGCGACAAGGACGAGGCCGAGUUCCUUGAUCGACUCGACGAGGGACGGCAUGACGUUCUACGUGAAACGGUUAGAAUAGGAAAAGUGUGCCAAAGACCAAUAAGGCAAAAAGAAAGAGUAUAGAAAAAUAACAUAUAAUAGAGUACAAAAAAAAUAAAUUAAAAGGUGAAAGAAAGAAAGCUCGGGAACGUGGGGACGUUACUAGCAAACUCGAACGACACAUCAAGCCCAUGAAGUUAUUGCUCUGGGCUAUCCGCGCGGAUUCCUUAAUGGACAUUGACGAGCGCCCACUACUCCGGAUAACGGGUAGCGAGCUGACAUCCUGUGUCAGGUCGCGGAUCUGGCCUAGGUCGUUGCAAAGGAGAACAGGGUCUAGAGACAUGGGGGUUAAUUUUUGAAUUAUUCACAUGUCAGUGGCAAACUGAUGGUGGACAACUUACAGUUUGGUUGUUUCCAAUUCAGCGCAAUGCAAAUAUUAGGAUUAUACGAGGUGAAUACGACCGAGCGCAUAAAAUCCGGGUUCGUUUCCUUCGACACUCUGGCAUGGGUAAAGACAUCUGUGAGAAUCGCAUCGGCGACGGUGUUGAUAUCCGCCAGUGGGCCAAGGCCAAGUUUCGCCUCUUCGGCUGGUGAGGGGUAUAGGAUGCAUAGAUCUACGUGGAUGUUUGUGGGGAGGUGUUCGAGGACCUCCUUUAGGGAGAGGAAGGACGUUGCUAAUAAUCUAUGCGCUUGCGCCAUGUCAUCCACCGUCAUAUCUUCUAGGGAUUUAAGCAAGGCGGCGUCCUCGGAUCUGGUUUGGGCCAGAUAUUCGGCGUGGAUAGCGCGGAAUUGUUCGAAGGAUAGGCGGCAGAUGGGGAUGUCGAUCCCAUGAUGGUUAACGGUGAACUCUGGGUAGAGGACGGGAACGCCGUCCUUGGUCAACUGGACAAAAACCUGGACGUAGUCGCCUGAUAAACUCGAGCCAGUCACCAGUCCAUUGUGAUCCGAAUCAAGGGUGCUUGUCGCCUUCCAGUAAGUAGCAAAAUGUGUAAUCUCCAGCGGAUCACCGUGGUAGGGCUUGAUAGCUUGGAACUUGAAGCGUAUCUCACCGAUUGCUCGUAACCUGGGAUCGAAAAGAGGUAAGGUACAUAUCCCCUCUGAUAACCUGCCACCUAUAAAUACAUCCGGUAAAGCAACAGUUUUGGCGAUGACCUUGGAUCCAAAAGUAGGGAAAAUUUCAAACUCUAGAGCAAAGGUGUCCAGACGGUCGAUCUGGAAUGAUACAAGUCGAGCGUCAUCCUGAAUGGGUAACAUCACGUUUCGGGGUAUAAGAUCUGAGGUUUUGGAGGAAAUCGUCAAUCGUGCAGCAGCAUAACGGCCGGCCUGGUAAAACACAAUUGGUUCUGAGGACAGCGUUUGUUCAAAGUAUAUUUGAAUGAAUGUUUUUGUGUCAAGGAAAUUAUGGCCGUAUCUUCGUAAUGGAAUAAUCGGGGGUGGUAGAGAUAGAAGAGGAAUGCCGUCACCACCGUCGCCUGCUUUAAGUCCUCCUGAUUUUUCAGCGAGGAGAGGGGAAGUCAUCGACCCCGAAUCUCGAAAUCUAGGGCCAUUGAGUAUAUCCAGCGGUGUCCGUGGUGGUUUUGAACCUGCCCGUCUUGACCAGAGCAAUAUCAUGCACUCUAGGUGACCUUCCCAUGCAGCAUAGUACAUAGCGGAUAAUCCCUUUUCAUCCAAAACAUCGGGAUUUACACCGCACUCCAAUAAAGUUCUCAAACAACCAACGCACCCCUCACUUGCCGCGUGGAAAAUCGGGGUCCAUUGGUAGAGUUUGUCCUUUUGGUCGAGAUCAGCUCCAUGGCUCUUUAGCACAAGGAGCACUUCUGGAGCUCGACAUGACCUCGCGACGAGAUGCUGCGGAUAUAAACCCUCUGCGUCAGGGAGUAACUCAGCGUUCCUCUCCAAGAGAAGGUUUAUGAUUGGUAGCGAUGCGUGCUGGCAGGCCAGGUUCAGCGGGAUAUGGUCGGACUCGGAUGCCGGGUUUAUGCGAGCGUUAUGGGCAAGGAGCUGUUCCACACAGGGAAGCUGAUCCCGGAUGAUGCUGUGGAUUAGUGGGGUGAAAUUAUCGUGAUCCAUCGCGUCAAUAGUACAAAUGCCUGCAUCGAGGAGGGGUUUCACCAUCUCCACUCUACCAUGCAUACAGGCAUAGUGAAGAGGUAUCCUCCCGUAGACAUCUGACCGUGCAACGUCAACCCCACGCUCCAGUCCGGCCAUGAGAACAAAUAGGCGCCCUGAUAUCGCCGCCUCGUGGAGACAGUUGCGCUCGUUGAUAUCAUCUUCCGCAUUCACGUCCACCAAACCCGUGCCAAGAAGAAGGGCAAGGACCUCAUCGGGAUACUCAUUAAUUGCAGCCAGGAACAUACGUGUGAGUCGAUCCGCGCCAUCCGGCGACGACUGCAACUUCGCAACCCAUUCCCGCAACGUUUGAAAAUUACCUGCAGCGGUGGUUUGUAAGAUCUGUAAGUCGGAAUCAUCCUCUUCGGCAACAAUGCGAUCAGCCAGGCGUGAGGCAUCGAACUGAAUAUUUUCGCCUUCCGCCCAAGCCUCAAGCUCUAACCUUGCGGUCGUCGCUCGGUCAGAGAGAUCUCGCAGAACCUCUCGAUUAAAGCACGGCUGUACUUCAACGGCGCGAUGAAGAUAAAGUUCUUUUGUACGUGACUAGGUGGAUCCUAUUGUUAGCUAGACUUAUCCCCCAUUGCAGUUCUCCCUUAAUAUUAGCGAUGGUAAUCGGACCUUUGAUGUUUUAUCCCACUAAAUAUGAACAAGUGUCAGCAAUCCUCCUCUUCUUAUAUUCCAAGUUCCUUUUUCCCCCGGUCUAUCCGGGGGGGAUCUCGAUCAAGCGCAAUGAGGGGAUAUAGCGACAAACCUUUUUCAGAAUUUUGGAGACGGCGGUUUCGUUGACCUCGACGAAUUGCUGUUAUGUCGUCGCAAAAGUUUAGAAACUUGACUCUCCCAUUGAGAUCUGUAUCGAUCUACGCCACAGCAUAGUCAACUCACCUGAAGUUUGUUCAAGUCCCCGUCAAACUGUUGAAAACCUUCGAACAGGGUGACGAAAUUCGCUGGGGCCUUUGAAUUAGUAACCCAUUUUUUCGACUGUAUUAGCCUCUUCUUAUCGAGAAGCGUCUUGAGGCGCAGCGUGAACUGUUAUAAUGGACGUUGUAUUAGCUUUUUUAAAGCUCAUUUUAGGAACCUAGCCGAAACUGGGUUUCUUCUAUAUUCUCAAGGAAGCGUAUCUCGAAAAUUGUUCAUCGCAGCGAUUAAAACUGGGAUGGAAAUGGAAGGGUAGCGACCAACCUCUGCCUCCUUUUGAAGAUAAAAAACAUUCACUUUUUCUAUCUCCCGUUCCUUUUUGGAGACAAAACAAAGAAACACACGAAGUUAGCAAAAUGCUCAUCAUGUAAUGCAGAACGGGACCGCUUGAGGGGAUAGUAUGAGGCAAAAAGUCAGUCAACGUACGACACCGAAAAGAAGAAAGACAUCCUUAUUCCGCACGAAGCGGCAGCUUGGGGGAUCGAGAAGCUCCGGGGCCGG